AUGGCUGUGGAGACAGCAGAAAUGGCUCAAUACGUCUACCAGCCACUGGACGAAAGCAACGAUGAGAUCCGACUCAUCACUUUACUACCCGCAGCGGAUCGAGAUAGCGAAGUGAUCUGCGACAUCAACAUCGUUCGGCUUACAGAAGAAGAUGUACCACAGUAUGAAGCGCUCUCAUAUACCUGGGGUUCGGCCGAAUCACCAUGCAGGCUUCGAGUUUCGUCGAUCAGCGACCACAGCAUCGAUAUCACCGAAAACCUUGCGGAAGCCUUACCGUAUCUCCGCGACCCCGUCUCGCCCCGAGUACUGUGGAUCGAUAGUAUUGCUAUCAAUCAGAAGGACUUGGGCGAGAAAGGUCAGCAGGUUCAGCGGAUGGCUGACAUCUUCAGCUUAGCAGAAAGAGUCAUUGUUUGGCUAGGGCUGGACGAUGCCGACAGCAAGACAGUCAUGGAAACAUGCGAGUUCCUCGCUACCAAGGUGGAGAUUGACCUUGCGACUCUGGAUAUGGCAGGAGAUCCGACUGGCUAA